AUGCUGUCCACAUCGACUGCCUCGGAGCGCUGGUCCCUUCUGGAGGCAGACACAUCCGCCGAACUAUCGUCUCUAGCCGCCCUCUCCGGUACCAUUCGGCCCAACAACGUGGCCAUCCUCGUGCAGACGAACGAAGACGACACGUCGUCACCGGCCGCCGCCAACGUCGUCUCCCUCAGCCGCCUUCUGGACGUCGACGUUGGCGUCUGUCUCGAGUUGACUGACCGGAGGCAGAAAAGCGGACCUCUCGCCUGCGCUACACCGAUCAGUCUGACGAGUGUGACGCCAAACCUGAGCGCUGUUCUUGCGCCCGAGGCUCGAGUUGCGUCGUUGCAACGUCGCGCCUCGUGGCAGAAUGGACGUCUGAUGCGUUGGCGGAUGGCCGAAAUGUCGGACGACUCGAGUUUGCCGACGUGGAGUUGGCAGUUGGGCCGAAGAGCCACCGGUUUGCUGUCUCACGACUGCCCGGCCUGGACGGGCCAGCCGGGCAGCGCAACCUCUCUUGUCUACUGGCGUUGGCAACGAGAUCUGUACCAGUUGAGCCUGAACGACAGGAUCCGAUUGGCUGACGAGGCGUCCGAGGCGUCUGAGGCGUCCGAGACGUCAGAAAUGUUCGAGGCUGUGGCGGAUCGAGAGUGGCGUAAGCGUCUGCGGAGCGUACCAACCCUUUUUCUCAAUUCAGCCGGUUGCCAAGGUGACGACAGUUGA